AUGGCUUCUCAUCAGCCACUGCGGCACAGUCUCCAAUGCCUGCAAUUCAAGAGUGCCUUCACACAGCCACCACGGCCACAAAACUCUAAGCAAGUCGACCCAAUCCGUCAAAUCGUCACUGUGUUGUCAUGGGCGAAACUAAAUUGCCCGUUUCGUAUAAAAGGCGGCACGAGCCACUACAUCUCGCACGCUGUGGCUCGUCGUGAUCUGCUAAUAGCACCAUCACUCAAAUCUCGGUAUUUCAAAGAGAUAAACCAAAGCCGUCGUGUACCACCUGUCAUCAUGAACAUGAACAGAGCUGCCGCCGCCGCACAUGCCGAGGACAUGCAUGGCGACCACGUCCUCCAAGGAGGCCAUGCCAUCUUGAAGGAAGACACGGAUCCAACGGGCCAAGAGUCGACCUUUUCCGACGCUUCCCGCGGUGGAAUGAAACAAUCGUCUGGCCUCGAGGGCACCAAGCAGGGCGACUUGCAAGCAACCGCUGGUGCAAGUGGUGCAUUCAAAGAGACCAUGAGGCAGGAAGCCUUAAGGCAUGUAGGCCAAGCGUAA